AUGGCGGCGUUAUUGCAGGGAGCGGGCCGGAUCAUGCUGCUUCCGGGCAGUCCGCUUCGCUUCCUCUCGCCGCGGGGUUUCGGGGUGUGGGGCCCGGCCCGCGGGGCCCUGGGCGUCUUCCUGAGGCAGCUGUGCGCGCGGCAGGAGGAGGGAUGGCGGGCCCGGGGGCUCCCCCGCGGCUGCCCGGCGUGCCGGCGCUUCAGCUCCGCCAUGCCGCCGCCGCCCGGGGCGCCGGGGCCGGAGCCCAAGGGCCCCCGAGGCUCCUCGCGCCCCUCGAAGCCCGGGCCUGUUUCCUGGAAGUCCUUAGCAGUCACGUUUGCUAUUGGAGGAGCUUUAUUGGCCGGAAUGAAGUACUUCAAGAAGGAGAAGACGGAGAAGCUGGAGAAGGAACGGCAGCGAAGCAUUGGAAAGCCUCUACUUGGGGGACCAUUUUCCCUCGUAACUCAUACUGGAGAGCACAAAACUGAUAAGGACUACCUGGGUCAGUGGGUAUUGAUUUAUUUUGGAUUCACUCAUUGCCCUGAUGUUUGUCCCGAAGAACUGGAAAAAAUGAUUCAAGUCGUGGAUGAAAUAGAUGAUAUUCCAACUCUGCCGGAUUUAACUCCACUUUUCAUCACUAUUGACCCAGAGAGGGACACAAAAGAAGCCAUUGCAAAUUAUGUAAAAGAAUUUUCUUCCAAACUGGUUGGCUUGACUGGCACAAAAGAAGAGAUUGAUCAAGUAGCCAGAGCUUACCGAGUGUAUUACAGCCCUGGCCCCAGGGACGAAGAUGAGGACUACAUAGUGGACCAUACCAUAAUAAUGUACUUGGUUGGACCAGACGGGGAAUUUCUCGAUUAUUAUGGCCAGAACAAGAGGAAUGCAGAAAUAGCGGGUUCCAUCGCUGCACACAUGCGGGAGCACAAGAGGAAGAGCUAG